CAGGACGACGCGAGUUCAAAGGGAGCGGUGCAGCCGUAUAUAAAACGGCCGGCGACACGGGGCGGCACAGCACUGCAGCCGACAUGCGCAGCGCCGCCCUGUGUGUCGUCUUCCUCCACCUCGCCGCCGUCAUGGCGCAGCAGGACUUGCUGGCCGUGCCUGGUCAGGUGCUUCGCGACGGGCUCGAGACGGGCGCCGCCUUCGGGCAGAGGACCGCCUCGAGGCUCGGCGCCGCCCGGCCCCCGGCGCUGCCCCAGCUGCCACAGCUGCCGCAGCUGCCCUCGCUGUCGCUGCCACCGCUGCCGCGCCUGCCUGACCUGCCGCAGCUGCCAGCGCUGCCGCCGCUAGCCAGCCUCCUGCCCGCCUACCGCGCCCACCUCAACACCUCGGUCAAGUCCAGGCCCUGAUCACCGUCGCCGCUGCCCGCCGCUGCCCCCCGCCGCCCCCGCUCCACCCCCGCCACGCCUCCGGCUGCGGCUGGCAGGGGAUGAAUAAUAGAUAUCUGGAGGCGGUGACGCCGCCCCCACCACCCGUUCACCCACCCCUCACCAAACCCCCUCCCCACACACAAGCCCCCUUUUGUUAUUAUUGUUCGGAAUAAACUCUGGCCAACUUUUCCGGCCGUUCCUCUA